AUGCAUCCCAUUGCAGCCGAUACACACGAAGCACAAGUCAUUCGAGAAUACCGUGAUCGUGAGGUUGCCUUCUUCAACAACUUGCCCACAGCGCAGCGUGCGUUACUACGAGCCCAUCAUAUUGAUCCAGCCGAUUCACUGUUGUAUGGCGAGUUGGCGUUCGUCCUUGUCGGUCUUAAACCAUGCGUGCUGAUUGAUUUCCCUCGAGACGCCAGUGCCUCAACAAGCAUCACACACCUCUAUCGACAGGCAGUCUUGGAUCCAUUGAAAGAGCAAUAUGAUAUAUGCAUCAACGAGAUCCAUCGUCCAUUGGCUAGUGAUGAAAUGGAGCUUAAAGGGUGUUUAUUGGUGCACAAGUCAUGUCCAUUAGUACAACAACUCCUGGAUCAGCAAGAUGAACAAGUAUCAGAGACAUUGCUUGCCAAAUUACUUGAUUACCCUGGUCGAUUACCCGAGUCAUCCGACGAGAUAUCAACCAUGUGCGAAGUUGUAUAUUAUGCAAUCCCAUCAAAAGUCAUUCUCACUACCUUUGCUGCACAACAAGAUGAAUUGGAUCAAGUCAAGGCUCAUUUUGCACGCUACAAGGAGCAAUGUCAUACACAAUUAGGCAUGGAACUUGGCCUGCUGGUACGUCGACCAGGUUUUUAG